AUGAAUGCGGAAGACGCUCUAGCUGCCAUAAAAGAUGCUGAGAGACUGGGGGACAAGUCCAAAAGAGAAGACGACCGCAGAGGGCAAAAGAGAGACAGACCAGAACGUCGGAACAACGACGGGAAUAGAAGGAGAGACGACAAAAAUCCUCGUCAGGUAAAAUUUACUCCUUUGGUUAUGCCUAUUGACAAGAUUUUCGCGCAGAUCAAGGACGAGCAUUAUCUCAAAUGGCCCAGGCCAUUACACUCGUCCCCCAACGUACGUGACAAGAACAAAUAUUGCCGGUUCCAUAGAGACCACGGUCACAACACAGAAGAAUGCAGAGACCUGAAGGAACAAAUAGAGGAAUUAAUACGGAAAGGAAAGUUACAGAAGUAUGUAAAGAAAGGAGAAUAUGGCAAGUUCAGAGACGACAACAGGACCCAACAUGAAUCCUUUACUCGAGAUGACGACCAUCCGUCCCAACCUCCACGCAAAGUGAUCGGAGAGAUAAACACGAUCGCGGGAGGACCAUCCUCAGGGGGAUCAUUUAGAUCACUCAAAAAAACAUGCCACAGACAGGUGAACAGCCUCCACACCAUGCCUUCGUCCAAGCACCGACGAACAUACCAAGACAUGUCCUUUAAUGAAGAAGACGCCAGGGGAGUAAAGCAGCCUCACAACGAUCCCCUGGUCAUAGUACUGAAUAUAGAAGGGUUCAAUACUAGAAGGAUCCUUAUUGACAACGGAAGCUCAGCGGAUAUCAUCUACCUCCCAGCCUUCCAGCAGCUAAGAUUAGAUCCAAAAAGGCUCCGUCCUUUUGACUCUCGACUCGUCAGCUUCAGUGGAGAUAGGGUCUACCCCAGGGGAAUAGUGACUCUGACGGUGACGGCAGGGACCUACCCAUUGCAGUUGACCAAACAAGUAGACUUCCUGGUGGUAGAUUGCCCUUCGUCCUACAAUGUCAUCAUUGGGAGGCCCACCCUAAAUAAGUGGAAGGCGGCGACGUCAACCUACUGUUUGAAGGUGAAAUUCCCAACAGACAGCGGCGUGGGUGAAGUGAAGGGUGACCAAGUCCUGGCAAGGGAAUGCUAUCAAGCCGUACUGGCAAAAAAGGAAAACCACACGUGGACGAUUGAAGAAAAAAAGGAGGACGGGAUGGAGACCCUGGAAGCAGUAGAGUUGCAUAGAAUGUGGACCCUAGCAGGAAGCCCGUCCAGCAACGACGAAGAACCUUUGCUCCAGAACGAGAUCAGGCAGUUGCAGAGGAAGUAA